AUGAAGAUCACCGCCUUCGUCACCCUGGCCGCCGCAGUCCUGGCCUUCGCCGAUGCCUCGCCCAUUGCAAGAAGACCUCACCCUACCGCGGCUGGUCACUCCGUCUCCCUGACUCGCAACCCCCACUUCAAGCACAACACCAGAGCCCAGAUUGCCAAGCUCAACAAGCGGUACCCUGGAGUCAACAUCCUUGCUGGUUCCUCUGGCAAUGUUCCCUUGACCGAUGUCAGCCCCGAUCUUGAGUACUAUGGAACUGUCUCUGUUGGUACCCCUGCCCAGAACGUUAAGCUUGACUUUGACACCGGCUCGUCGGACAUUUGGUUCCCCUCGAGCACUUGCACUACUGCCGCCUGCAAGAAGCACGUCCGCUUCAACUCGGCCUCUUCCUCAACCUACCAGAAGGAUGGCCGCAAGUGGAGCAUCAGCUAUGGUGAUGGAUCCACCGCCUCUGGUAUCCUUGGCUCUGAUAUUGUCAGCGUUGGAGGCAUCCAGGUCCGCCAGACCAUUGGUCUUGCCACCGCCGAGUCCUCGCAGUUCGGUUCCUCCACCGAAGACGGUCUCUUCGGUCUGGGAUUCAACACCAUUGAGUCUGUCUCUGGUGUCAAGACCUUCCUCGACAACGCCAUUGCCGCUGGUGUCCUUGCCCAGCCCGUUGUUUCUGUCUUCUUGCCCUCUGAGCGUCGCUUCAACGGCCAAGGUGGUGAAUAUCUUUUCGGUGGAAUCAACAGCUCAAAGUACACCGGCGACUUGACCUAUGUCCCCGUCACCAAAGAAGGCUACUGGCAGAUCGCCAUCGACGACGCCGGAUACAGCGGCCAGUCCCUCGGUCAAUCCUCUGAGGGAAUCGUCGACACCGGCACCACUCUCAUCAUCGUCUCCGACGAUGCCGCCCAGGCGAUCCACAACAGCAUCCAGGGCGCCACCAACGACCCCACCAACGGUUGGCUCGUCCCUUGCUCGGUCGGCCAGGAUACUGAUAACUACGUUUCCUUCUCCAUGGGCGGUGGGGACUUCAAGGUGGCUCUGGCCGAUUUGGCCUUCGAGGAUUUGGGAGAUGGUUCUGGAAACUGUGUCUCAGGUGUUCAGGGUGGUCAGAAUGAUCUUUGGAUUCUGGGAGACGUUUUUAUCAAGAACAACUACUGUGUCUUCUCCCAGACUUCGUCGCCCAGCAUUGGAAUUGCUCCUCUUGCUUAA